GCAUCAUCUAGUGAUAAAUAUACUUGCUUUUAGUAGCAUAAAGUAGUUGUAAAACUUUUUGAUCGAUUUUACCGAAACCAAAUUUUACGUCAACUUAUAUACUUUUAUUACUAUUAUUUCAUUAAUAUAGCCUUAAAAUCAUACUGAGGUAUUUAUAAUGCAUCGUAGUUAUUAAAAUAAUUAAAAUAAAAAUUAAAAAAAAAAGUUCGGGGUGUAUGGCGCACCGCGCAUUAUUCAAUAUCUAGGCAAAAACUAUUUAGAGAUGGUAACCCUCUUAUUGUGAAUUGCGCGACGCGGUGGUAGGUACCUCUAGUGUUCUGUGUUUGUGAUAAACAAGUGAUAAAGUUUGAGUAUUUUUACUGUAUUGUUGCUUGUUCAUGUAACAAAAAUAAUUAUGGAGCCACGAACUUCACGCAAAGAUUAUCUGAAUCACCAAUACUCUGGCCCCCGGAAAAGUCGCAAACGAGUUCUUGGACAAAUGAAAAGAUAUCAUGGAGAAAGCAAAAGGGAUUAUAGAAGAAGAAAAAUCAAUUUUGGAAAUAAAAUGUUUUCCCUCAUUGGCUCGCAACAGUCAAGAUAUGUUUUCUGCUGCAAAAGAUCGUAAAAAUUUUCCUCUCUACAUUGAUAGUACUGGGAGGUUACAAAUGAAUAAAAAAGACUAUUUCUAUUAUCAGAUCCAGGGCCAGCUGCGGGUUACAAAAAUGAACAAAUGCUACUUUGUUGGAUAUAUUUCUCCAACUUACGACAUCACUAUUUUAGAAAUAGAACGUGAUGAAGUUUUUAUCGGUAACAUGAUACCAAAACUAGUUAAUUUUUUUUAAAAUUGUGUAUUGACUGAAGUAGUACUUCAGAGAGUCUGCAAUAAUCAAACUUGCUUAGACAUUUCAUUGUGUAAAUAAAAUCAAUUUUGGUCAAUUUUACUGUCCCAUUCGGUGUCGAGACCCUUGGUCCCUGGGGUCCUAGCGCUUCAAGCCUUUUUAGGGAAAUAUGAAAAAGGUUAGUCGACAUCACAGGAGACUGAAGAGCUGGCAGCUACCUCGGACAAAGAAAAUUAGUCUAGCCAUUCAA